ACCCGAGAGACUAGGGUUUUAGUUGCAUCCCUUCUCUCCUCUCGCCGCCCAGCUCCGCGCCCCUCUCUCCGGCGGCGCCGCGGCGGCAAAGUCCGAAUCGAGCGCGAUCAGAGCCUCACCGAAGAACCGGCGAUGGGCGGCGAGAAGGAUACCAUCGACCUCUCCGACCUCAACGCCGCCCUCCCCGCCGCCGCCGCAGCUCUCAGCGCCGAGGACCGCGCCGGCCUCGUCAAUGCCUUAAAGGACAAGCUGCAGAGCUUGGCAGGUCAGCACGCCGAUGUGCUAGAGACACUCUCGCCCAACGUUAGGAAGCGCGUCGAGUUUUUGAGAGAAAUCCAGGGUCAACAUGAUGAGAUUGAGGCGAAGUUUUUUGAAGAACGAGCUGCACUUGAAGCUAAGUACCAGAAGCUGUAUGAACCUUUGUACACAAAGAGGUAUGAAAUUGUAAAUGGAGUAGUGGAGGUAGAUGGCGUCAGUGAUGAACCGACCAGCGAUAAUGCUGAAGAGGGAAAAGAAUCAGAUGCUAAAGGAGUUCCAGAUUUUUGGCUUACUGCUAUGAAAACUAAUGAAGUCUUAUCUGAGGAGAUACAAGAGCGUGAUGAACCUGCAUUGAAAUAUAUAAAAGAUAUCAAGUGGUCUAGAAUUGAGGAUCCUAAGGGUUUCAAGCUGGAGUUCUUCUUUGAUACAAAUCCGUUCUUCAAGAACUCCAUCCUAUCAAAGACCUACCACAUGGUUGACGAAGAUGAUCCGAUUCUGGAGAAAGCAAUUGGAACUGAAAUUGAGUGGUAUCCUGGGAAAAAUCUUACACAGAAGAUUCUAAAAAAGAAACCGAAGAAAGGUUCAAAGAAUGCAAAGCCUAUUACUAAAACUGAAGUGUGUGAGAGUUUCUUCAACUUUUUCAAUCCCCCACAGGUCCCUGAUGAUGAAGAAGACAUUGAUGAAGAAACUGCUGAUGAGCUGCAGGGUCAAAUGGAGCAUGAUUAUGACAUUGGGACCACCAUAAGGGAUAAGAUCAUCCCUCAUGCUGUUUCUUGGUUUACUGGUGAGGCUGUGCAAGCUGAUGAUUUUGAGGACAUGGGUGACGAUGAUGAGGAUGACGAUGAGGACGAGGAUGAUGAUGAAGAUGAAGAGGAGGAAGAGGAUGAGGAUGAGGAGGAUGAGGAAGAAGAAAGCAAACCAGCAAGGAAGUCGGGCUCGGGCCGCAAACAAAAGGUAACACAGAAGGUGCCGCAUGGAAACGCUGAUCAACCAGCAGAGUGCAAGCAGCAGUAAACUGCCCCCAUUAUCCAUGUGUUUCCAUUGGUGCUUGGUUGAUGCAGUAUUUUCCAUUGAACUGCCCAGGAGCUUUUUCGGUUGUUUCUGUGAGCGGGUUAGAUGUUAUUAGGUGGCGAGGCUGCUGUCUGGAGCCCUUAGUGCUGUGUUGGUGGAUGGUUAAUGGUUUGAAACUUCUCUGUUAGCGUCUUAUGUUUCGGUUGUAUGCAAUCGGAUGGUAUUAUAUGAUUGUGUAAUUAUCUUUGCACUCUGCCUAAGCCUUCAUUCUUGUUCGUUAGAUGAUAUAAAAGUGUAACCUUCGACUCUGCGAGAUCAGAAUUCCGAA